GCUUCGCCCCGUGAGCCGCUGGGUUCCGCUUAGGCAGAAUCUAUGAGCGCCGCGCCCGGGCACUGCCAGACCCGGUGAGGCGCCGCCCGCAAGGACACCUCGCCGUCCCGCCUCGUCCGCAACUCUGGCCCUUGUCUAGCUCGACGCGAGCCAGGAAUCCAGACGUCCCUCUGCGUGCGGCGCAGCAGUCACCGCUGCCCCAGCUUGGAGCCAACUCCAUCUCUGACCUGGGACUCCUGACGCGGCUACUCAGCUACUUCUCACCUCCAGGCAGUGCCUGCCUCCCUGCUCGCCCUCCCGCUGCCCUACUCCUCUGCUCAGGACGGGGGUGCCACGAUGCCCCGCUGCUGCGCAGGGUCCCGGGCCGCCCCCGACGUGUGACCCCAGCCUGGUCCCCCUACUCGGCCGUCCUCCCUCCCCUUGGAGACCCCCGGCCCGGCCCCUGGGGGAGGAGGAAGAAGACGACGAGGCCGAGGAGGGGAUGUCCCGCUCUAAAAGCGUGAGCCCCCCGGGCUACGCGGCGCAGAGAGCGGCGGCGCCAGCGCCCCGGGGAGGCCCCGAACACCGCUCCGCGUGGGGAGAAGCCGAUUCCCGUGCCAAUGGCUAUCCCCAUCCCCCCGGGGGCUCGGCCCGCAGCUCCACCAAGAAACCCGGAGGGGCCGUCACCCCGCAGCAACAGCGCUUGGCCAGCCGCUGGCGAGACGACGACGAUCCUCCGUUGAGCGGCGACGACCCCCUGACCCGAGGCUUGGGCUUAGGCUUCAGCUUCCGCUCCAAGUCCGCCUGGCAGGAGCGCGGCGGCGACGAUUGCGGUCGCGGCAGCCGCCGGCAGCGGCGCGGCGCGGCAGGCGGGGGCAGCACCCGGGCGCCCCCUGCGGGCGGCGGCGGCGGUUCGGCAGCUGCGGCGGCCGCCGCGGGCGGGACGGAGGUACGCCCCCGCUCGGUAGAGCUGGGCCUGGAGGAACGGCUGGGCAAGGGUCGCGCGACUGAUGAGCUGGAGGCCGGCGCCGUCGGGGGUGGCGAGGGGUCCGGGGAUGGCGGCAGCUCGGCGGGCUCGGGCGCUGGGCCUGGUGCGGCGCUGUCGUUGGGUGCCUGCUGCCUGGCGCUGCUGCAGAUAUUCCGCUCUAAGAAGUUCCCGUCGGACAAGCUGGAGCGGCUGUACCAGCGCUACUUCUUCCGCCUGAACCAGAGCAGCCUCACCAUGCUCAUGGCAGUGCUGGUGCUAGUGUGUCUGGUCAUGCUGGCCUUCCAUGCGGCUCGGCCCCCGCUCCAGCUGCCCUACCUGGUAGUGCUGGCGGCGGCUGUGGGCGUGAUCCUCGUCAUGGCCGUCCUCUGCAACCGUGCCGCCUUCCACCAGGACCACAUGGGCCUGGCCUGCUACGCGCUCAUCGCGGUCGUGCUGGCCGUCCAGGUGGUGGGACUGCUGCUGCCCCAGCCGCGCAGUGCCUCGGAGGGCAUCUGGUGGACCGUGUUCUUCAUCUACACCAUCUACACGCUGCUACCGGUGCGCAUGCGGGCGGCUGUGCUCAGCGGGGUGCUCCUGUCUGCCCUCCACCUGGCUAUCUCCCUGCACACCAACGCUCAGGACCAGUUCCUGCUCAAGCAGCUUGUCUCCAACGUCCUUAUUUUCUCCUGCACCAACAUCGUGGGCGUCUGCACCCACUACCCAGCUGAGGUCUCCCAGAGACAGGCCUUCCAGGAGACCCGGGAGUGCAUCCAGGCGCGGCUCCACUCGCAGCGGGAGAACCAGCAGCAGGAGCGGCUCUUGCUGUCUGUCCUUCCUCGUCAUGUUGCCAUGGAGAUGAAAGCAGACAUCAACGCCAAGCAGGAGGAUAUGAUGUUCCAUAAGAUUUACAUCCAGAAACAUGACAAUGUGAGCAUCCUGUUUGCUGACAUCGAGGGCUUCACCAGCCUGGCGUCCCAGUGCACCGCGCAGGAGCUGGUCAUGACCCUCAACGAGCUCUUCGCCCGCUUUGACAAGCUGGCUGCGGAGAAUCACUGUUUACGUAUUAAGAUCCUGGGGGAUUGUUAUUACUGCGUCUCCGGGCUGCCGGAAGCGAGGGCCGACCACGCCCACUGCUGCGUGGAGAUGGGCAUGGACAUGAUCGAGGCCAUCUCGUUGGUCCGGGAGGUGACGGGGGUGAACGUGAACAUGCGCGUGGGAAUUCACAGCGGGCGAGUACACUGCGGUGUCCUUGGUCUCAGGAAGUGGCAGUUCGACGUCUGGUCUAACGACGUCACGCUGGCCAACCACAUGGAGGCUGGAGGCAAGGCGGGACGCAUCCAUAUCACCAAGGCCACCCUCAACUACCUGAACGGGGAUUACGAGGUGGAGCCGGGCUGCGGGGGCGAGCGCAACGCCUACCUCAAGGAGCACAGCAUCGAGACCUUCCUCAUCCUGCGCUGCACCCAGAAGCGGAAAGAAGAAAAGGCCAUGAUCGCCAAGAUGAAUCGCCAGAGAACCAACUCCAUUGGGCACAACCCGCCACACUGGGGGGCUGAGCGCCCCUUUUACAACCACCUGGGCGGCAACCAGGUCUCCAAGGAGAUGAAGAGGAUGGGCUUUGAAGACCCCAAGGACAAGAACGCCCAGGAGAGCGCAAACCCCGAGGAUGAAGUGGAUGAGUUUCUGGGCCGGGCCAUCGACGCCAGGAGCAUCGACAGGCUGCGGUCUGAGCAUGUCCGCAAGUUCCUCUUGACCUUCAGGGAGCCUGACUUAGAGAAGAAGUACUCCAAGCAGGUGGAUGACCGAUUUGGUGCCUAUGUGGCGUGUGCCUCACUCGUCUUCCUCUUCAUCUGCUUUGUCCAGAUCACCAUCAUGCCCCACUCCGUGUUCAUGCUGAGUUUCUACCUGACCUGUUUCCUGCUGCUGACCACGGUGGUGUUCGUGUCUGUGAUCUACUCCUGCGUGAAGCUCUUCCCAGCCCCGCUGCAGACCCUCUCCAGGAAGAUUGUACGGUCCAAGAUGAACAGCACCCUGGUUGGGGUGUUCACCAUCACCCUAGUGUUCCUGUCGGCUUUUGUCAACAUGUUCAUGUGCAACUCCAAGGACCUGUUUAGCUGCCUGGCAGACGAGCACAACAUCAGCGUGAGCCAGGUCAACGCGUGCCAUGUGGUGGAGUCGGCUUUCAACUACAGCCUGGGCCAGGAGCAGGGCUUCUGCAGGAACCCCUGGCCCAACUGCAACUUCCCCGAGUACUUUACCUACAGCGUGCUGCUCAGCCUGCUGGCCUGCUCCGUGUUCCUGCAGAUCAGCUGCAUUGGGAAGCUGGUGCUCAUGCUGGCCAUCGAGCUCAUCUAUGUGCUCGUCGUCGAGGUGCCCGGCGUCCCGCUCUUCGACAAUGCCGACCUGCUGGUCACCGCCAACGCCAUAGCUUUCAACAACAAUGGGACCUCCCAGUGCCCUGAGCACGCGACCAAAGUGGCGCUGAAGGUGGUGACGCCCAUCAUCAUCUCGGUCUUUGUGCUGGCGCUGUACCUGCACGCCCAGCAGGUGGAGUCCACCGCCCGCCUUGACUUCCUCUGGAAACUGCAGGCCACAGAGGAGAAGGAGGAGAUGGAGGAGCUGCAGGCCUACAACCGGCGGCUGCUGCACAACAUCCUGCCCAAGGACGUGGCCGCCCACUUCCUGGCCCGCGAGCGGCGCAACGACGAGCUCUACUACCAGUCCUGCGAGUGUGUGGCCGUCAUGUUUGCCUCCAUUGCCAACUUCUCUGAGUUCUAUGUGGAGCUGGAGGCCAACAACGAGGGUGUCGAGUGCCUGCGGCUGCUCAACGAGAUCAUAGCUGACUUCGACGAGAUCAUCAGUGAGGAGCGGUUUCGGCAGCUGGAGAAGAUCAAGACCAUCGGCAGCACCUACAUGGCUGCCUCGGGCCUCAACGACUCCACCUAUGACAAGGUGGGCAAGACCCACAUCAAGGCCCUGGCUGACUUUGCCAUGAAGCUGAUGGACCAGAUGAAGUACAUUAAUGAGCACUCCUUCAACAACUUCCAGAUGAAGAUCGGGCUCAAUAUCGGCCCUGUGGUGGCCGGGGUGAUUGGGGCUCGCAAGCCCCAGUACGACAUCUGGGGCAACACGGUGAAUGUGGCCAGCCGCAUGGACAGCACCGGCGUGCCCGACCGCAUCCAGGUCACCACAGACAUGUACCAGGUGCUGGCCGCCAACACAUACCAGCUGGAGUGCCGGGGUGUGGUCAAGGUCAAGGGCAAAGGCGAGAUGAUGACCUACUUCCUCAAUGGGGGGCCACCGCUCAGUUAGCAGCUGCCGGUCGAAGAUGCCAGGCAGCCUGGCCUCCAAGCAACAGAAAUGGCCUCUUUGUGUGCCGGGUGGGCAGGUGGGAAGCUUGUGCUCCAGCCCACGUGACCGUGCCAGUGAGAGUUUCCACUUUGACUCCAGAAGCAGAUUCUGCCUUGCCUGGUGGGCAGUGGCCUCCAUCACAGGCCCUGGGGUGCCGGCGUCCUGCAAGCACCAAGCUGACCAAAGAUGUCUCCCCCUGUAGAAGACAGACACUCGAUCUGAAGCUCGAGUUUUCUAAUGGGUGCUGCUGCACGGGUGGAGAGGAGCUGCUGGGGUGUUUAUCAGCGUGUUGCAGCCCAGCAAAUGAUGGCAGGACCUUAGGUGGGUGGGUGUUACUCUGGUCUGGGGGUUCUAGGGGCCCCAAGGGUUCUGCUUUUCUGGGUGAACCUUUAAAAUUCAGACAGAGGCCGCGACCCAUGCUCCAUGGAGGGGGCUCUCUAGCAGCAGUGCUGUCUCUGGGACUGUAGCCGUCGUCACCACCCCCCUCCCAGACCUUCACACACAGUGUCCCUUUGAGAGAAGCAGAACUAAUUGCAAGGGGGAGGCAAGAGGACUCCCAGCAAGGAGUGGUGGUUCUGAGAAAAAGAAUAUUUAUUAAAUAAAACAAAAAAAGUUUUCUGUGCCCUUCUUUAGACUAUGCUAGUUGUAUGCGUGUAAAGAGACACACAGCAAAUGAAGAACAAACACGUCAGCAGGAUUCCAUGGGGAGGAGAGGGUGCGGAUACCCACUUGUCUUUUUUGUAUUUUUUAUUUUGUAUUAUUGAAAACCUUGGAGAUCUAACAUAUACCAAAUUCUAUAUUUUGUAAAUUCUCUAUAUUAGAAAACAGCUGUGCACAGCAGGGCGUUUGUGCUCAUUUGUCCUGUACAUAUGUAUGUCGGUACAGGUGUGUGUGUGUUUAUGUGUUUAUGCUGUGGAGUUGCUCUCAGGCAGGAUGCCUGUUUCCCUCACUUCAGAUUUGGCAGUUUUUGGUUCUCCCUGAUACAGCCAGAGCAGUGGGUGUGCCCUUUCAGGGUCCCAUAAGAAGUGCAUAAACAUAUUAUCCCCUUUCUCUUUCACUCACAUACCACUAACCCUAAGCAAAAUGCAAUUGGAAUGAUAAGAAGAAAACAAAAAGCUCUUCCCCAUCCCAGGCCAAGUUCGAGGCACAGGAAGUAGCCCUAACCUGGCCUCCAGAGGCAGCUCCUGCUCUCUGGGGCCCUCUGCUGGGCAUGCGGGGGUCUAAGGAGGCCUGGCCCUGCCCGGCUUUCUCGGUUGGCUCUCUCGGGAAAUGAUCCCUCAGCACUGGAUGCAAUGUGCAGCCCUCAGGUUCAAGGAAGGGGCAGUGGCCUUGCCCUCCACCUGCAGUCCAGGACAGAGGAACAAGUGGAGCCCAGCUGAGAAGUCCGUGCAGCCAAGCUAAUAGAAAUUUUGUUUGGUUCAGUUUUUGUUUUGGGGUAAGGGGCAGUUAAAUAUAUCAUGCAGAAGAAUUCUUUUUUAUGGCCUAUGAGGGAGGUGAUUUACUAACAGGUAUAUUCAGACAAAAUCCUUAAGGCUUGCACCCAGAUCUUUUCAUUGCUUCUCAGGGCAGAAUUAUUGUCACCUCCAAAAAGAGCUUAAAGGAGGUGAGGUGGCAGCUAUCUGCCAGCUGCUGAAACAUCACUUUGAUGCCCAACUGGACACUAGCUCCUGCCCCCCCUCUCCACACCCCAACUCCUACCCCGAUCUGAAUGCAGCCCCGAAAAGAAAGCAUAGGAACCUAAAACUGCCAAGCCUGAGUGAGUCCCGUGCUUUUGCUGCACUCAGUUCCGCGUUGCUCCUCUUGCAGUCUUUGCAAGGGGCUGGCUUUCCCCCACUGUGUUGUUCUCAAGCCCCCUGCCCCUCCACCUUGAUGUCAGUGGUGUUGCGUUUCUGUUUUGCUUCCAACUUGAGUGAAGUGUGUACCGAGUUCACCCCCAUGCCUGCCUCCCCAGCCUCGUGGGGCCGGCCCUCCCCUUCCCAGCAGUGUCUGUUGACGUGCAGUGCUAGCUCUUCAUUCCCUCCAAGGGGUGUGCACUCUUUUUAUUCCUGCUCUUGCAAACACGGAUACGAUUAUGAUUUCCCAUGGAAAUUGAAGUCUAUUUAAAUAAUUUAACUAUUAAACACUUUCACUGGUAA